UCUUCUCCCGGAGCCAAAGGAAAAGAAAAAGGCAAAACAAAAAAAUUACACGGAAAAAAUACGCACAUACGGGAACGCGUGACCCAAAUCGAAUCCCCUCCUCAGCGAGGCACUGAAAUCCACCAGAAAGCCGCGCAAAUCCGACUAGGUCUCCCCUCCGAUCCACCGUGAGGUUUCCCCAGAUCUCCCGCCGGCUCCUCCAGCGCUGGGUUUGGCGCUGAGGGGGGCAGGAUGAGCUCGCGCAUAAAGGAGAUGAUGCGGGUUGCCACCGCGCGGCUGGGCGGCGAGCAGUCGCCGCGGGGGGGGACCUCUCAGGCCGGCCGCGCUGAGGCGUCCAGGACGGCGCGUCUCGGCGGCGGGGGCGGCAGCCUCCGACGGCAGCCGCAGCCGCAGGCACCCACCGUGCGCACCAUCUACUGCAACGACCGCGAAGCCAACGCGCCGGUCGGGUACAAGGGAAAUUCUGUGUCGACUACAAAGUACAGUGUGCUGACAUUUCUACCUAAAGGAUUGUUUGAACAGUUCAGACGGGUGGCAAAUCUUUACUUUCUUAUGAUUUCAAUCUUGUCGACUACACCAAUUAGUCCAGUCCACCCUGUCACCAAUGUGGUUCCACUUAGUUUAGUGCUUUUGGUUUCACUCAUCAAGGAAGCUUUUGAGGACUGGAAACGUUUCCAGAAUGACAUGUCAAUUAAUAAUGCGCACGUCGAUGUAUUGCAAGGUCAAAAAUGGGAAAGUGCCCCUUGGAAAAGACUGCAGGUUGGAGAUAUUGUGAGGAUCAAGCAAGACACUUACUUUCCUUCUGACUUGCUCUUCCUAUCAAGUACGAACCCUGAUGGUGUCUGCUACAUAGAGACAGCAAAUCUUGAUGGGGAAACUAACCUGAAAAUAAGGAAGGCUUUGGAGAAAACCUGGGACUGCGUAAUUCCUGAAAAGGCUUCUGAAUUCAAAGGUGAAAUACAAUGCGAACAGCCAAACAAUUCACUUUAUACAUUUACCGGGAACCUUAUUGUGGACAAGCAAACUAUACCAAUUUCACCAAAUCAAAUACUACUAAGGGGAUGCAGCCUUCGUAAUACAGAGUACAUUGUCGCGGCUGUUAUAUUCACGGGCCAUGAGACGAAAGUUAUGAUGAAUUCUAUGAAUGUUCCCUCUAAAAGAAGUACAUUGGAGAAGAAACUAGACAAGCUUAUUCUUGCUCUAUUUGCAACCCUCUUUACGAUGUGUGUCAUUGGUGCUAUUGGAAGUGGUUUUAUGUGGGAGGUACAUAAUAGGGCACUUUCUAGAUGGUCAGAAAUGGAAGUGCUCUGUUCAGCAUAUAGAUUUUGUGGCGUGUUUAUUAAUGAGAAAUACUUCUAUCUUGGAUUGCGUGGGCGUGUCGAGGACCAGUUUAAUCCCAAGAACAGAUUUGUGGUGACCAUUUUAACUAUGUUUACUCUAAUAACUCUAUACUCAACGAUCAUCCCCAUUUCUCUUUAUGUAUCCAUUGAGAUGAUCAAAUUCAUUCAGUGUGCAAAGUUUAUUAACAAUGAUCUGAAUAUGUAUCAUGCCGAGAGCAACACCCCAGCUUUGGCUCGGACUUCUAAUCUGAAUGAGGAGCUUGGGCAGGUUGAGUAUAUAUUUUCUGACAAAACUGGAACACUUACAAGAAACUUGAUGGAAUUCUUUAAAUGUUCGAUUGGAGGGGAAAUAUAUGGAACUGGCAUCACAGAGAUUGAAAAAGGAGGAGCCGAGCGAGCCGGAGUCAAGAUUGAUGAUGAUGAGGGUAAAAGAUCAGCCACUGCAGUUCAUGAGAAAGGAUUCAACUUUGAUGAUGCUAGAAUAAUGCGUGGUGCAUGGAGAAAUGAACCUAAUCCUGAUGCUUGCGUGCAAUUCUGCAGAUGCCUUGCAAUCUGUCAUACAGUUCUUCCUGAGGGUGAGGAGACACCGGAAAAGAUUACUUAUCAAGCUGCCUCUCCCGACGAGGCCGCGCUUGUCGCUGCUGCGAAGAAUUUUGGUUUCUUCUUUUAUAGACGUACGCCAACCACAGUCUUGGUUCGGGAAUCACAUGUUGAGAGGAUGGGGAGUAUACAAGAUGUUGCAUAUGAAAUUCUGAAUGUUUUGGAAUUCAACAGUACAAGAAAGCGCCAAUCUGUGGUUUGCCGUUUCCCAAAUGGAAAACUUGUUCUGUAUUGCAAGGGCGCUGAUAAUGUCAUUUUUGAACGGUUAGCUGAUGGAAAUCAUGACAUUAAAAAGACAAGCAGAGAACAUCUAGAACAAUUUGGCUCUGCUGGCUUGCGCACGCUUUGCCUUGCUUAUCGAGAUCUAAGCAGGGAGCAGUACGAAAGCUGGAAUGAGAAGUUUGUUCAAGCUAAAUCUUCUUUACGAGAUCGUGAUAAGAAGCUUGAUGAGGUGGCUGAGUUGAUUGAAAAGGACCUUAUAUUGAUAGGGUGCACUGCAAUAGAAGACAAACUGCAAGAAGGGGUUCCAGCCUGCAUUGAAACUCUUUCUGCAGCUGGCAUAAAAAUUUGGGUGCUAACUGGAGAUAAAAUGGAAACAGCAAUUAAUAUAGCAUAUGCGUGCAGCCUGGUGAAUAACGAUACAAAACAAUUCAUCAUCACUUCUGAGACAGAUGCAAUUAGAGAUGCUGAAGACAGGGGAGACCCUGUGGAAAUUGCACGUGUUAUCAAAGACUCGGUAAAACAGAGUCUGAGAAGUUACCUUGAGGAAGCCCACCGUUCUUUGAGGAGCACGCCAGGACGAAAGUUGGCUUUCAUUAUUGAUGGACGAUGCUUGAUGUACGCUCUAGACCCAGCUCUGCGUGUGAAUCUUCUUGGUUUGAGUUUAAUUUGCCAAUCAGUUGUAUGUUGUCGAGUUUCUCCACUGCAAAAGGCACAGGUUGCAAGUUUAGUUAGGAAAGGUGCACGUAAGAUAACUCUCAGUAUUGGUGAUGGUGCUAAUGAUGUGAGUAUGAUUCAAGCUGCUCAUGUUGGUAUUGGCAUCAGCGGACAAGAAGGAAUGCAAGCUGUUAUGGCGAGUGAUUUUGCCAUUGCUCAGUUUCGAUAUCUUACGGAUUUACUUCUUGUACAUGGGCGGUGGUCAUACUUGAGAUUGUGCAAGGUUAUCACAUACUUCUUCUACAAGAAUCUGACUUUUACACUAACUCAGUUCUGGUUCACUUUCCAAACUGGCUUUUCUGGUCAGCGAUUUUAUGAUGACUGGUUCCAGUCUCUGUAUAAUGUCAUUUUCACGGCACUACCUGUAAUUAUGGUUGGGUUGUUUGAUAAGGAUGUGAGUGCAUCUCUAUCAAAAAAAUACCCACAACUUUACCAAGAAGGAAUUAGGAACACAUUCUUCCGGUGGAAAGUGAUUGCGGUGUGGGGUUUCUUUGCCUUCUACCAGUCAAUAGUGUUCUAUUACUUUACUGCAGCUGCAAGUCAGCAUGGUCACGGUUCAUCUGGCAAGAUUCUUGGUCAAUGGGAUGUUAGCACGAUGGCCUUUACUUGUGUUGUGGUGACUGUUAAUCUACGUCUCCUCAUGUCGUGCAAUUCUAUCACGAGAUGGCAUUAUUUCAGCGUAGCUGGCAGUAUAGCGGCCUGGUUUCUGUUUAUCUUCAUAUAUUCUGCGAUAAUGACAUCAUUUGACCGACAGGAAAAUGUAUAUUUUGUGAUUUAUGUUCUGAUGAGUACCUUUUUCUUCUACCUCACACUAAUGCUUGCUCCAGUCAUCGCUCUCUUUGGUGAUUUCCUGUAUCUAUCGCUCCAAAGAUGGCUCUUUCCCUAUGACUACCAAGUAAUCCAGGAGAUGCACAAGGAUGACCCCCACGAAUACAGCAUGAUACAUCUGCCUGAGAGGAGCCAUUUGAGCCCAGAAGAAGCAAGAAGCUAUGCGAUCUCCAUGCUCCCUCGAGAGAACUCCAAGCACACUGGUUUUGCUUUCGACUCCCCGGGAUACGAGUCGUUCUUCGCAUCCCAGCAAGGUGUAGGUGUGCCUCACAAACCAUGGGAUGUUGCCAGGAGAGCCAGCAUGAAGCAGCAGCGGCAGCAACAGCAUACGGGAAGGUCUUAAUUCCCUAGAUUUUGUAAAGUUUUGUACAUUAUGUUCUUUUGCUCGCAGUACACAUGAGUGUGUAUAAGUAGCCUUCUAGCCCUUUUUCGUGUUUGUGACCCAUGUGUUCUGGUUGGUGUUAGUAGGUCGCCAUUGAUCCUGUUGGCUGAAGAAUUGAGUAGGUAAAAGAAUGUGGAAACUGAAAGUUCAGAUAGCCAAAUUCUUUCAGACUUUAACCCAAAUUGGAUGUUUAUAAAAAAAAAAGUCUUGCCCCA